CUAUGGAGAUGACCUGUUUACAAUGGACGGUCAGUGUCUUGGUUCUGAGACUCACCUACUCAACUGUGUACAGCCUCCAGCAAACAGCAGUCAGUGCAACUCACUGGUCAGACUUCAGUGUGCCACAAGCCUGUCCUACUCCCCCUCCCUACGACUGGUGGGUGGUCCCAUUUCCUCGCUAACCAAUCAACCACUCUCUGGCAGACUUGAGGUAAACUUUGACGGUGUCUGGGGGGCUAUAGGAAGUACUGGCUUUGACCAUCUUUCGGCUCAUGUGAUCUGCACUCAACUAGGCUAUGCCUCUGCAAGACAAGUAUUCAACAGUUCUCGGUUUGGUACUGGAAUGGGACCCACUAUUCUGGACCAAGUCCAAUGCCAAGGCUCCGAGUCGUCUCUAUUCCAAUGUCCCUAUUCCGUGGAGGUGGGAGAGACUCACGUCAGCAACAGUGUGGGCAUUGAGUGCAGUGAACAGUUGGAGUUUGUCGAUGGAUCCCUAAGACUACUAAACAAUAAUAACACUGACGACACUUCGUCUGGUUCAUUGGAGGUGUACACGUAUGGAGUGUGGAUGAGUGUGUGUGGUGUGGGCUUCACCAUGGAGACGGCUACCGUGGCUUGCUCACAGCUCGGCUUCAUAGACGCUCUCAGUUACUGCACCGACUCAUGUUUUGGUGAAGGUGGUGAAUACGUGCACCCUGUUGAGUACCAGUGUGGGGGGUCCGAGGGUUCGUUACAGGAGUGUGGGGGGUCAGUCCGUGUCAAUACCCCCUGCAAUGACUCAAGCAACAUCGGCCUUGUCUGCAGGAGACCUCCAACUAUGAAAACCCCCAUCAUGACCACACCCACUGCUGCUAUGGUAACACCGGACGCUAUUCCUACCCCUACGGUUUCUACUAUCAUCCCUGGCCUGAGUGAUACGUAUUUCUAUAUUAUCGUGGGUGUUGGAGGUUCGGCAGUGUGUGUGUUACUGAUCGGAUUUCUGGUGUGUUGCAUCUGCUGUGUUGCUAGGAGACGUCAAAAGAGGCGUGGCACUUGGCGGUCAUCCGUACACAAUAAUGGAACUCAUCAAAAUGGCCCUAGGCUAAGCAACAGUAAUUCUCGAUGGUCACACGAAAGAAACUCCAAACUAGCGAUGGAGAAAGUCAGCGAUUUUAACGAUCCCCUGAACCCUGCUGAAAUGAAUGGCUUCACUCACACACCGAGCUCUGCCUCUGACAGUGACCCUAACUUGGACUACAAACCAGAAAUGUCGCUGGAAUUGAAACCGGAACAUUUCGAUCCACACUACGAGAAUUUACCGCAGAGGCCACCUAAUGUUACUGUAAGCAAUACGAUAUAUUUAAGUGAAGGCUCCAGCCCAGCGAGCCCACCCCCUGGUUACGACGAACUCGAGUUUUUACCUCAUACUGCAACAAAUGUAUGAUGGUCACAUGACUAAUAGACUUCAAAAACCACCAUUAAAUAUACGAACAAUUUCAUAAUAAUUAUUAUUCUAUAAUAAUUUAUUUGCAGUAAUUAUUUUAUCAUGUCAUUUUUUUGCUCCAACAAGUCUCUUAAUGAUUAAUUUCUCUCCACCCCAUUCUGCACGUAUUGUACACAUAAUUAUUGUAGUCACGUGUUAACAAUCUGAUCAUUUGAAAUAACGAA